AGAGCCGCGGCCGGCAGCCCAGGAUAAAUACGGCGUCCCGGACUGCAGCGCUGCACUGCAGCGAGCCUCGCGCGCCCCGCGACCCUCCAUAGGGCGUUCCGCGAGCGCGGGCACCUCGCUCCGCAACCCCCGAUCCCGCAGCGGCUCCCUCACCGGCCCCCAAGCACCCCAAGCAGCCGCCCAGGGCGGGCGCGCCCCCGAGGCCGCCGGGCAGGUCCCCGUCCCUCAGUCCGUCGCCUGCAUCCGUCGCAUCCCUCGGCAGUGCCAUGCCAUUCCUCGGGCAGGACUGGCGGUCCCCCGGGCAGAGCUGGGUGAAGACGGCGGAUGGCUGGAAACGCUUCCUGGACGAGAAGAGCGGCAGCUUCGUGAGCGACCUCGGCAGUUAUUGCAGCAAGGAAGUAUACAAUAAGGAGAACCUUUUCAACAGCCUGAACUAUGACGUUGCAGCCAAGAAGAGAAAGAAGGACAUGCUGAAUAGCAAAACCAAAACUCAGUAUUUCCACCAAGAAAAAUGGAUCUAUGUUCACAAAGGAAGUACUAAAGAGCGCCAUGGAUACUGCACUCUGGGGGAAGCUUUCAACAGGCUGGACUUCUCAACUGCCAUUCUGGAUUCCAGAAGAUUUAACUACGUUGUACGGCUGUUGGAACUGAUAGCGAAGUCACAGCUCACAUCCCUGAGUGGCAUUGCCCAGAAGAACUUCAUGAACAUUUUGGAAAAAGUGGUACUGAAAGUCCUUGAAGACCAGCAAAACAUUAGACUAAUAAGGGAACUCCUGCAGACACUCUACACAUCCUUAUGUACACUGGUCCAGAGAGUCGGCAAGUCUGUGCUGGUGGGGAACAUCAACAUGUGGGUGUAUCGGAUGGAGACGAUCCUGCACUGGCAGCAGCAGCUGAAUAACAUCCAAAUCACCAGGCCUGCCUUCAAAGGCCUCACCUUCACAGACCUGCCUUUGUGCUUACAACUGAAUAUCAUGCAGAGGCUGAGCGACGGGCGAGACCUGGUCAGCCUGGGCCAGGUGGCCCCCGGCCUGCACGUGCUCAGUGAGGACCGGCUCUUGUGGAAGAAGCUCUGCCAGUACCACUUCUCCGAGAGGCAGAUCCGCAAGCGAUUAAUCUUGUCCGACAAAGGACAGCUGGAUUGGAAGAAGAUGUAUUUUAAACUCGUGCGAUGCUACCCACGGAAAGAGCAGUAUGGAGACACCCUUCAGCUCUGCAGACACUGCCACAUUCUUUCCUGGAAGGGCACCGAUCACCCGUGCACAGCCAAUAACCCAGCGAGCUGUUCUGUUUCACUUUCACCCCAGGACUUUAUCAACUUGUUCAAGUUCUGAAUCCCAGCACAUGACAGCACUUCAGAAGGGUUCCCCUGAUGAUUGGAUGGUUGGGAAUCCAGAGUUUGGACACUUGAUUUGUAAAUAGUGUACAUGUUAAACAUUGGCUCAAAACUUCUGAGAUAAGGGACACUGAAGGGGAGAGAACAGCUGCUGGCUGGAAGUUUAAGCAUAUGGACUUCUCAUUAGAAUUGGUAUGGAAAACAGAAAUCCUGUAAAUAAACUUUUUUUCCUAACGAUUUGCCAGCAAGACUGUAAGGCAGGAAUUCUAUUUCAUCGGUGAAAAUGGAAUUCUCUUGAAGUUCACUGCAACUCCUUGAUAGUUCCCUAGAGCUGUGGGAGAGAGGGCAAAAUUCAAAUACAAAAUAGAACGCUCUUCGUUUACAAUGUGAAAAUGUGUUGGGAAAAAAAAUUAAGAAGAAAAACUACAUGUGAGAAACCCCUGGGCUUUGGGUUUUGAUUUGGGGUUUGUUUGGCAAAGGCAAUGGAAGCACCACUCAUCUUAAACCCACAUGGGUAUAGAUAGGGCCUUAUCUUCCGAAGACACCGCACAAUAGUCUACCUCGGAAAGCUGCAACGCUCGCUCUGACAAACCGCAUGGUCCAGUAGACGGUCUCUGUCUGUUUUGUGUCUUCAUCAAAAGUGAUUUGAAACAGGAAGAGAGAUUGGAGGCAUCCUUCCUCAUGCUUCAGGCUUCCCUUUUAGACGAAUGGGACACUCUUUGGGGUUUCUUCUGUUUGAGAAGAAACCCCAAAGCACCUAUGCCUUUUUCCCUUUCACGUUGUAGCUUAUGUCAUGCAACAUAAGGCCAAUUAAAAGCAGUCCCAGAGGAAAUCCUGCUGCAGGAAAAAUGGAAUGAGUCACCCAAUAGCCAUGAAGAUUUUCUUAUUCCUGUUUAACUUCUUGGCUUGUCUGGGCUUCCUAGGGUAUCUUGAUGGAUAAGCCUGUCUCUGGGGACUGUUUGGAGCCAGAGGCCUGAUAAAGACUUGUAGAACAGGUUUUACAUAUCAGCUGCUGUUCUUCUUGAUGGUUGAUGAGUUUUCUUUAUAUCCAGCCGAAAUUUAGUCAACCUGAGCUAGGGCUUCUUAUGAGGUUGAUAAAGCCUGGUGUUCUCGCCAGACAGGGAGUGGAUGGAGGUACUUUGAGUUCAACCCCAGGGGAACUUGCUAGACAAAUACCAACAGGUAGUUAUAUGUGGAAGAAGGAAAUCUCAGGACUUAAGGAGUCAAUAUUCCUAGAAGGGAGUGGGGAAUGUUUUUGUUUUUUACCUUUUAUAGAACUUUGCUUUUCUACAACAGUGUAUAUAUUUUUGCAAUUGUAUUUGCUUUCCUUUUUUGUGUACGUAAAGUGGGCACCCUCCAUGAUCUUGGCCAAUGAGUGAAGCAGAAAUAGGAACUUGGUCCACAUUUAUGUUGAGCAACAGUGUAUUCUUAGGGAUUGAAUUGGGGGUGACCUGAAAUGGGGAGAGAUGGUUAAGAAUGCACAGAAACAAGCCAAGGGACCAGCUAGUGAUGAGGGACCCCUUCGUGCCCUUUCUCAAAGCACAACCCAAGUACCAGUAUCUGGAAAAGAACUUGACCACUAGUUGAUGUUCCUCACUGUGCAAGGCCUAUGCCUAUGGAUUUCUCAAUAUCUUUUUUUUCAUCAUCACCCCCCUAAGAAGAAAAAGGUAAAUUGUAUUUCAAUUUUGAGGGAAAGUAAAUAUUAAAGAAUAAGAUAUUGGUUAAGGUUGAGCUCUGGAGGGUCACAAACCACUGUGACACCUAACAGGAUCCUGCCCACCCCAGUCAAGGUCACAUUGAGAAUGCAGGUCCAGACUAUGGAAUCAAAGGCUCAUUCUGCCCUAAUUCAGGCAGGUUCUCUCCAAGGUCUCAGCCUCCUUAAAGAUGUGAGUGGAGCUGAGAUCGUUGUUGUGGUGAGGGCUCUGGAACCUUUGACUCUGGCAACUUGGGGCGUUCAUAGCCUUUCACAUCUUGCCCCAAAUUCAUGUUCUCAGCACCUUCAUGCUGAUGGUGUAAACAGACACUCCUCAGCACCUUCAGGUUCACAUUUCCAGAAAUGUCGCCUGCUUUGACUGUCAGCACGAAACUGGGGAACCAGUAUCACUUGGACUGUCCGAGUGCUCAAGACCACACCGCAGGCCCCAGGCAGCAAGAACAGCUAUGCAAAAUGACCCUACCACAAGGAACAGGCUUACAGUUUUCUGAAAUGUUUACCUAGAUCGUGACUCCAAACGCUCCCCAUCUCCUUUGACAUCACUGGAGGUGGUGUGGACAGAGUCAAGGAAAAUUUUUUAAGGAAAAAAAAAAGAAACCAAUACUUGUGAUUCCCUUUCUUUGGAAGAGGAAAAUAAGGAAAGAAAUGGCAGGUGGCGAGGGAGAGGGGAAGGAAUAGCGGUGGUGUGUCUUUGCUGCUGUGGUUUGGGCAUGAGCGGGGGGGUGGCGGGGACAAAGAGCAUAGCUGUGUGAGCAUCUCUACUGGUGGCACGGGGCACCUCUGCAGUGUGGCCAGAGCCUCUCGUAUAAGUAAAACCAGAAAGUUUAAAAGAAGAUGCUUGUUCCCUGGGCACUGAUUGUCUAUAGAAUUUCUAUUGGCAAACCCUCCCAGGACAACCUGACCUAAAAACCAAAAAACAAAGAAUCUCUGUCUCAGAACUUCUGGCCUAAAAAGCCAGAAGGGACAUGCCAGUGGAAAGUGCUGGAGAAGACAGAAUGCUGCACUGUCUCUGCUGUGCCUACCUAUCCCCACCGCAACUCUGGAAAGGAGGAUUCAAGAUUGAUGUCGAAUAUGAGAGUACCAGAGAAGGAAAGAGUUUUUGUCCAGGACAGUAGAAGCUGAUCCACGCGAGUGUAAUGAUUUGUUUCAAUGUGAACAUUUCUGAACAACAAUCCUAGAGUUUCUUGAGAAGAAGGCACAGCGUUUGAGGAAAGGAGAAUAUGUGAAGCUCACGUAGGACUCAAUUUAUAGCAAGAUCCAGACAUUUUAAAGUAGAUCACAUUAUGACUCAACACUGUUACUUUUAGCAGAUGGACCAGUCACCUGGGAGGGUGGUGGCAGAAACUACAAUGUGAAAACAUCUCCAGUUUUGAGAUCAAAAGGGUCAGUUGUGAGAUGACCUCUGUUUAGCCAUGAUCCAUUUUAUAUUGAAGUAGAUCAGAGGAGAUAUUUUAGAUGGGCUGGAUUUACACUGCAAAACUGUCAAGGCAACAAAGGGCUUUACUUGGCAACAAUGAAGGAAGGUAACAAGUGUGAUUACCUUAUUGCCACAGUUCUCUCUUCAAAAACUGUUUGGGAGCUUGCAAUUAACACAGGCUCCUCGUUUCCAUUGUUUUUAUGUGGGAGAAGAGAAGGGGCUUGGAAUCUGAUUUGUCUAAACAAGUGGUGUGAUUUGCAAGAAGUUCAGUCAUUUCAACAGUAUAUCAUGCUUAGUGUUCAAUACAAUGUUUAUCAUAAAAUAUGCACCUGAGUUUAUAUAUUUCUGCCAGGCUGUAGGGCAAUUACAUCUUGCUAUGCAAACACUAUUUUAUGUGUGAAUUUUUUUAACUGUAAUUUUAUGUGUGAAUUUUUUAAACUAAACUCUAUCAUCAUUUUCCAUGUUGACAUCUGUUGUUUUUUGUGUUUUUUCGUUUUAAUCUGUUUCCAACUCUCAGAGUCUGUGAACCAUCCCUCUGACUGGAUGCUGGCCUAAAAUCCUAUUAGUGUUUAAACAGACCUCAGAAACACCCUGAACCUCUAGGCAAAUGCAGAGAUGGGGCUCUUUGAUAUAGCUUGGGCCCUUGAUGUCUUCAACAAACAAGAUCGUAAUUCCUUUCAACUCCACGGUUUCUGUAGACGCUUUCUCCUCUGUUUUGUUAAGGAGAGUCAAGUCUCGUGGUUUUCCAGAGGAAGGAAACUCCUCUGCUAGACUUUAGUGCUGGGAGGAAGGUUAGCGAUGAUGGAGUCUGGCAUUCCUUCUGCCUUUCCAGAUGAAGUAGUGGGUCCAGAAUAUUUGGGAGACAUGCCUCAACCCAGCUGGUACUCAGCAGUGGUCCUGAGUAUAAACCUGGGACUCUGUGAGCCUUGACUUCGUGCCCCCUACCGCAGCACCUUUUGUUGUGGCUGGACGCACGUGACACCAGAGCUGAUUCCUCUCAAGACUUCCACAUUGGUGGUCCAGUGUUAGGUGUCUGGCUGUUAACUUUUUAAAAACAUUUGAAGUCCCUGAUUCUUCCUGGAGAAGUUAAGGAGCCUCUUAAUGUUUUUACAGAACCCUGACUCUGCUGUGGGUACGGCAUACUAGUGAGUACAACCUGCUUGCCGUAAAGUUAGCAGCCUGUGUUGACAAAUUCAUUUUUCCCUAGGUACUCAGAUUUUAAUUGUAGAGGUGCCCCCUGAAACAGAUGACCACUGAGCACCUGGAUUGCUUUCUAGAAACUAAGAUUCUGAUGGUAACCAAGCAGGUUUCCUCUCGCCUUAGACUAAGAGGUACAUUUACCCCCUCCCUUCCAUCUCCCGGUCCUCUGGUACCUGCUGUGAGACCCAGUGAGCUUCUACCAGUGGAAGGUCACUCUCUGCUAAACCUCACAAGCAAAGGGGGCAUGAGGCGGCAAGGAGCAAGGAACCAGGAUAUUCAUGACUUUGUCUGCUAGACAUUUUUCAAAGUAUCCUUGAACUCAGCAAACAAAGUUUUCUGAGAGAGCUCUCAAAAUUCAGGCCCUGCUCCAUUUGGCCAAAAAUGGAUGGCUGCUUCAAAACUCUGAACGGCUUGAAACUCCAUCUGCUGCAACAUUACUUCUGGAGUUUGAACAUGACUUUUUCUGUCUUUGAGUAUAGAAAUGUUUAAUUUAAUUAAUGAUAUACAAGGCUGUUAAACAGAAGGCGCCAAGCUGUGCUCUGCACUUGAGCACAUUUGGCGCCAUCUUUAUUCUGCCGAUACUGCCAAUCAUCCUGGCUAGAGGAGGUGUAUGUGAAAGUCCAUAUCCUAAGCUUAGAAGCUUUCAAGUACUUUUUUAAUGAAAAAUGCUAUAGGGGAUUGAACAUUUUAACUAAAAGUAUAAGGUUAGACCAAUUACAUGCAGAGAUGUUUAUUUAAUAUUGUGUGAACUGAGUCCUUCUGUAUAAAUUAUUUGCACUCUCUUCUUGCAUGACGAACUGAUUUUUUUAUAGUUGUUUGUACCAGACGGUGGCAUAUUUUUGUAAAAUUUUUUUGACACUGAAUUGCAAUAAAUGUUUUUCCAACAACA